AUGCUUCGGCCACUGACCCGCGAUGGGUUUACUGUCAAAGCCCAGGAGAAUGUCGGCGACUGGCAGACCAAGGACAUAUUUCGUUCGGGCGUUACCAUCGUCCGAAUAGUCGAAAGGCGGACGUCUAAAAUGUUAAAUUUACAAAAUAAGCUUCUACAUAUAAAUUACAUAUAA